AUGUCUGACAAGCUCACCCGUAUCGCUAUUGUCAACUCCGACAAGAAAUGCCGCCAAGAAUGCAAGAAGUCGUGUCCCGUCGUCCGCACGGGCAAGCUGUGCAUCGAGGUCGACAACUCGUCCAAAAUUGCCUUCAUCUCUGAGCGCCUCUGCAUUGGAUGCGGUAUCUGCCCCAAGAAAUGCCCCUUCGACGCCAUCAACAUCAUCAACUUGCCCACCAAUCUCGAGACCCAGGUCACCCACCGAUACUCGGCGAACAGCUUCAAGCUGCACAGGCUGCCUAUGCCCCGUCCGGGCCAGGUCUUGGGUCUCGUGGGAACAAACGGUAUUGGCAAGAGCACAGCGCUGAAGAUUCUCAGUGGCAAGCUCAAGCCCAACCUCGGUCGCUACGACAACCCGCCAGACUGGGAGGAGAUCCUGAAGUACUUCCGCGGAUCUGAACUCCAGAACUACUUCACAAAGGUCCUGGAAGACAACCUCAAGGCCGUCGUCAAGCCCCAAUAUGUCGACCAACUUCCCAAGGCCAUCAAGUCGACCGAGCGCAGCGUCGGCAAGCUCAUCGGGGCCCGCAGCCAGAUGGAGAACCUCGACGAGAUGAUUGACGAGUUGGAGCUGCGCCACAUCUUCGAGCGUGACAUUGGACAACUCUCUGGUGGAGAACUGCAGCGUUUCGCUAUUGCGCUUGUCUGUGUCCAACAGGCCGAUGUGUACAUGUUUGACGAGCCGUCAUCCUUCUUGGAUGUCAAGCAGCGUCUCGCCGCAGCCCGCAAGAUCCGCAGUCUGCUCCGCCCCGACGACUAUGUCAUUGUCGUCGAGCACGAUUUGUCCGUCCUCGACUACCUCUCCGACUUCAUCUGUGUUCUCUAUGGAAAGCCCGCCGUCUACGGUGUCGUCACGCUGCCCGCAUCCGUCCGUGAAGGUAUCAACAUCUUCCUGGAUGGUAACAUUCCCACCGAGAACUUGCGUUUCCGUGAGGAAUCGCUGCAGUUCCGCAUCGCAGAGGCUGGUGACGAAUACAUGGUUGACCACAACCGCGGCUACAGCUACCCUAACAUGAAGAAGACCCUCGGAAGCUUUGAACUCAACAUCGAGACUGGUAACUUCACUGACUCUGAGAUCAUCGUCAUGAUGGGUGAGAACGGUACCGGAAAGACCACUUUCUGUAAGAUGCUUGCCGGCGCUCUGCAGCCCGACGGCGACACCAAGAUCCCCAAGAUGAGCAUCAGCAUGAAGCCCCAGACCAUCACCCCCAGGUUCCAGGGUACCGUUCGCCAGCUCUUCUUCAAGAAGAUCAAGACCGCUUUCCUCAGCCCUCAAUUCCAGACUGAUGUUUACAAGCCCCUCAAGAUGGACGACUUCAUCGACCAGGAAGUGCAGAACCUCUCCGGUGGUGAAUUGCAGCGUGUCGCUAUCGUCCUGGCCCUUGGUAUGCCAGCUGACAUUUACCUCAUCGAUGAGCCUAGUGCCUACCUCGAUUCCGAGCAGCGUAUCGUCGCAUCUCGUGUCAUCAAGCGCUUCAUUAUGCACUCCAAGAAGACUGCUUUCGUCGUCGAGCACGAUUUCAUCAUGGCCACCUACCUUGCUGACCGUGUCAUUGUCUUCGACGGCCAACCUGCUGUCAACGCUCGCGCCAACAAGCCCGAGUCUCUCCUCACUGGUUGCAACUCUUUCCUGAAGAACCUGGACGUCACCUUCCGCCGUGACCCCAACUCCUUCCGUCCCCGUAUCAACAAGGACAAGUCCCAGCUUGACCAGGAACAGAAGUUGAGCGGAAACUACUUCUUCCUUGAGGAUGAUAGUUGA